AGACGAAAAUUCCCAUAAGCUGCAACUGAAGGUAAAGGCGCGCAAAUUGAAGAAAUUCGUUUUACGUGGGUAAUUGGCGCAGACGCGUCGGAGGAUACCACGUUUCUGUUGUAUUAAACAGACGGUAAAGUUCUUUCGGCAAGUAAUUUGUAAAAUACACCAGUAAACAAUGAGCAAUUUUCGUUCUCCGAUGCGAUGUAUUUCUCCUAAUGCAAGGGUUUUAACCGCUAAACCUCAAGUUGAACAAACACUCGAUAUCAGACAGGCACAGAAUAGAGCCAGGAACAGUAUCACAUGGUUCUUCGUCAAUAGUUCCCUUCUUGGAAUCAUCGUGUUCGACAUAUUAUAUGGAGGUGCCGCUUAUAAACCGUUUUGCUGGGUCGAGUGGUGUUUGGCCUCUAUAUUUGCAUUGAAUGCUGUUUACCAUAUCGCACGAUACGCUUGGGCAACUUUCACUUUAAGACCAGUUAUUCUUUAUCCUAGACAAAGACGCUUGUUAGGAAUAUCCGACGAUGAUCCCAUUUUCAAAAAUGAAAUUCCGUCACCUCAGAAAACAUCGGAGCCAGCGUUUCCUUUGAAUUUGUCUUGCAUCAGUCUAAACAGACGUCUCACGUCUCUAGGUUCUCCAGGAUUAAACGAAACCAAGAAUUUUACAUCGACAAGUCCAUUUUUUAAAUAUAAUAGUCCAACCUCUCAGAAGUCGACGUCCAGCCCUAACGGUUCAUUUAAUAAAUCCCUUAAUGCUUCGAUGAAUGGAACUGGCGAGGAUUUGAUUCAAAGCGAAAAAGAACUAGAAAAUUAUUUGGAAGAAACUCGACAGAGGAAACACGUUCUGUCCACCGAUAUCGAUCAACCUUCUAACUUGCUUAGUUCCUUCUGGUCUCAUCCUGCGAUUAAAAGUCCAGGAGAAGUUUCACCUUUGUUAAGAAGAUGCGUGUACCAAUUAGCGCCGAUCAUCGAUAAAUCGAAAUCUACCAGUCCUGGUACCGAAGAAGGACACUCGCCCAGAGGUAUGCUAGGUGUAUUAGACGUUUGGAGAAAAUAUAGAAUCGAUCCGAACAAAGUAAACGAGUGGACGGCUAAUCUCCGAAUGUGGAUCAGUAAAACAGUAGUCGAACGAGUGGCUAUGGAGAUCGAUAACGUUUGCUCCGCUCUAGUUCGCCAUGGAUUGAGCGAUUCUCAACCAGGACACGUGGGUCUGGAUAGAUUACGAAAACUUGCUCAAGCACCAUUUUUAGUCACCGCGAUUCCUACGUUACCAACUUUAGUACCAUUUCUGGAGCUUUCCAACAAUCAGGAAUAUUUGAUUAAUAGGAUCAAAGUCCUCGCGAAAGGGGGUUCUAUGAGCGAAUUCAAAUGGAACGGCGGAGGUUUCCAUAAUGGCAAAGAAUGGGAUUCUAGUCUGCCAACUGAUUCUGCGAUAAUCAUGCAUUUGGUAUCGACGUAUAUGGACACGCAAUUAGAAGCUCCAUUAGAUCAACCCGAUGCACGACCCUUCACCUCGAGAUACAUGGCUAGAUCAGGAAUGACUUUACCACGUAGCAAAGGUCCCAUAAUAGUGUGUCAAUCCAUAAAUCCACCUCAUUAUAGUUUUGCACACAAUGGCGACUCCUUGCCAAACGAUUACGAAGAAAUGCAGCGGGGUAGGAACAACUUGUUUCACACGUUACUGUUGUUUUUAUAUAUCAUUAAGACAAGAGAUCACGGCAUGUUGGGUCGUGUUAAUUUAGGUACAUCCGGUAUAAACGUCCUAUGGGUAAUCGACGGUUAAACGAUUAAACGAUUAAACGAUUACUAGGAAAUAUGAUAAUGUAUUGAUUAAAUCAGUGGCAUUACUGUGAUCUUUCAACAUAGGUUAACAAUGAUUUUGCCAUCAUUAAAUCUGGACCUAGAAACGCGAGAAGAAAUACUUAGUACUACAAAUGCUUUACUUUAUUCACAGUAUUUACGUCUAUGUACAAAUAAAUCACAAAACACGAUCCAUAUUUCAUCAACAUAAAUUCUCAAUUAUUUGAUAUUAUUGUAGAAUUGUGGUAUCACCUUGAUGAUGACAAACAUUUCUUAACCGUUCUUGCUUGUGGUUUCUGCCAAUUCAUUAAUGUGUUUAUAGGCACGUGUGCGUGUACAGAGACGCGCGCACUCGUGUGUGUUGUGUGUGUAUGUGUGUGUAGAUAAUAGUAGAUAAUAGUAGAUAAUGGAAAAGAAGAAAAAUCGGCAGAAAACUUGAUAGGAUUUUGUCAAAUGGAACGAAUCUCAAUCAAUGGUCAAAUAAAUGCGUGCGUAGAUAGAAUGGAUCGCGCAUACGUUUGAGUUUCUAUUAAUUAAAAUUUUUAACACGCUAUUACAGGGAAUACAUGUGUUCAUUGUUGGCGUUACUAUUGAUACAAUAAAUUUUUUAUACA